CAACCCAAACUCAACCUUAAUAUCCUCGGUCUUCUUAGAACAUCCCUUGGUGACUCGUUAUUCUCAUCAAUUUCAUCUCUUUUCUCUCUCGAUUGACCGAAGAUGAAAGGAAGUGUUUGAUUAAUACAACCACACCACUCAUCUCCCUCCACCUUGUAUCAAAAUUUACAUAUUUAUUAAGCUUUGUCUCUAAUUACAAUGUUACAUCCCCUUCCUUAUACUUAGGUUAGAGUUAAACACUUAAACUAGAUGAGUUUCAUUACUCUGCCUCUGGUAAUGGACUCUUAAUCACUUGGGAUAACUUGAAUUCCGCAAAUGACUCCUACGAGAUAGAUUUCACAUUUUAAUUAUCAACGCUUUCUUCUUGGAGGGCGCUAGUUAGGCCUAGGUAGGGGACUGAAUCAAACAAAUCAAAAUCUGUCACUUGUCUGUAUUAUACUUAAGGUUAAACAAAUACUGAUUACACGCUUCCGUGGAGGGAUUUUUCAUACUUAAACAUUUAGUUAUCCGCUCCUCGGUUUAUGGUUGGUGAGCUAGAACAAAUCCAGCUGCCGCGGAUUGACCUGCCUCACAUCAUGGACUGCUCGUUCUUGCUGCUUUUCCGCAUUCUUAAUAAAGCUUUCAUGGCGCCAUAAUAAUGAUAAAAACAGCUCAAUCUGCAUUAAAAAUCAUCAUCACCUUCUCCAAUGGCGCUUCUCCCUGAUAUUUUUUAACAAGGAAAAAUUAUAAAGAAUUUCCCUUUCAUUCUCUGUUUCUUCUUUCUUAAAUCCUUUUUGGGGCUAAACAAACAGGGGACUGGUGACCUGUCUCCAUCGACUUCUCUUGGGGGGAAAAGUAGUAAUUCUUCUUGGGUUGCUGCAAGAACCCAGCUUUAUUACCUUUCGUUGAUUUUGCUGUGGGAAAGGAGAACUUUUGUUCAUUUCUGUUCCCUUCUCUUUCUUUUGUCUUUCUUUCUCCUGCUCCAGUGGCUAUGAAGUGGUUCCAUUAUUUCUCGAGCAGAGAGAAGAAGAAUGGAGGUGGAGGUGAAACAGCGUCGUCGCCACCAGCAGUCCCAAAAUCGGUUUCAGGGCGCUCGAAUUCUUCUUCGGUAUCCAUGUCGAAUUCGACUGAUCUUGACGUGAGAAGAUCUGGGUCGGAUUUCAAUUCCCAGAAUAUGUCCGAUUUCAGCACCGAAUCUUCUGCCCAGAACUCGUUCGCCGUAAUGUCUCAGAGGCGACAACAGCUGAUACAGAGUAGUAACCUCCGCGUGUUCACAUUCUCUGAGUUGAAGUCCGCCACCAAGAACUUCAGCAGAUCGCUCAUGGUUGGAGAAGGUGGGUUCGGCGGCGUCUACCGAGGGGUGAUCAAGAGCGCGGAAGAUCAUGGGAAGAAGAUUGACAUUGCUGUCAAGCAGUUGAGCAGAAGAGGGCUCCAGGGACACAAGGAAUGGGUUACAGAAGUCAAUGUGCUGGGAAUUGUUGAACACGAGAAUCUCGUCAAGCUGAUCGGCUACUGUGCUGAAGACGAUGAACGAGGCAUCCAGCGACUAUUGGUAUACGAGUACAUGCCCAACAGGAGCGUGCAGGAUCACUUAACAAGUCGGUUUGAGACGCCUCUUUCCUGGGGAACAAGGAUGAAAAUUGCUCAGGAUGCAGCCAGGGGAUUAGCUUACCUCCAUGAAGGAAUGGAGUUUCAGAUCAUUUUCAGAGAUUUCAAGUCAUCUAACAUUCUUCUGGAUCAAGACUGGAAUGCGAAGUUGUCAGAUUUCGGGUUGGCUAGAUUGGGGCCUUCAGAGGGUGUGAGCCACGUUUCUACUGCAGUUGUGGGGACAAUUGGGUAUGCAGCUCCUGAAUACAUACAGACAGGUCGUCUCACAGCAAAGAGUGAUGUGUGGAGCUACGGUGUUUUCCUGUAUGAACUCAUCACAGGCAGGCGUCCUUUGGACCGGAACAAGCCGAAGAAUGAACAAAAGCUGUUGGAAUGGGUGAGGCAACACCUCUCUGAUAUGAGAAAGUUCAGGCUGAUUCUGGACCCAAAACUGGAAGGAAAGUACGAUAUCAAGUCUGCCCAGAGACUUGCUGCAGUGGCCAACAGAUGUCUCAUGAGACAGGCUAAAGCACGGCCCAAGAUGAGCGAGGUUCUGGAGAUGCUUAACAAAAUCAUGGAUUCAGCACAACUUGGGACUAGUCCCCAACUCCCCAUGAAGAUGCUGAGAGAUCCAGAAUCUUCCAGACGAAUUCCUCGUCUGAACUUCAGCAUGAAGAUGGGAGACAAGGGAUGGUUCUGUUGGAGAAUACAGAGACCAAAGUUUCUGAGAACAUCACGAAAGGGAGUGAACUGAUUAUCAUCCUAGUAUUUUUGUUCAGCUGACAUGAAUGGAUGGGUUAUGUUUGUGGUGAGCGAGGCAUUCCUAUCUCUUGUAUGGGUAUUCUUCUC